AUGGAUUAUUUUUUGGGCUGGUGUGUUACUUGCGAAAAACGGAUAUCGCCCGAAUAUCUCUACUGUUCACAGGAAUGCCAAUUUGCUGAUUUUGUGAUUGACGAGUCAUCAGCAAGUCAGCGGUUGGCUAAUACCAGUCCUUUGCUUUCUGUUCCUUCCCAAAUGCGAACAUCAUCUGGAUCAUCAAUCAUGUCUUCAACCAGCUCUUCAAACGGACAUAAAUCCGCAGCAGCGCUCCUCCCAGCACCGACUGCUUGCGGAGAAAGCCUAGAAAAUUGGGUGAUAUCAAUGGACUCGUCAACAAUUUUAGACUCGAUCGACUGUAGAAACACCAUGGUUCACACAGCUUCCAUAGCAAGUACCAUUACUGCAAAUCAAUCAAACAAGCCUGCACCUCUCAACACAGGCAAUAACAUAUACAAAAAACGACACUCUUUGACACAGUUUGCAUCACUACCGGCUCAUACAGACAGCACGCUUAAUCACGUCAUACUUCAAUCUGGGCACUCUCCGUACUCGUCUGGAUCAUCCAACUCGUCAAUCGUUUCGUCAUCAUCGCUGGAUGCAUUCCCUAAACUUCUGAGACGAGGCCAUCGUCAUCGCCAACGAACUGCCCCAACAUCUUGUUGCACCACUGCCCCACCGCCUACAGUCACUGCAUCUACUGAUACUCGAUCCGCAGCAACUUAUUGUAAAUCGUCGACUAUGCGGUCAAGAAACAGUGGGGCGGCAAACCUCCAACCGCCAUCAAGAGCUCAACAAACCAGUGGUGUGAAUCCUGGAAUCGGAAAUCCUUACCUGCCUUCCGUAUUGGAAAUGACUGCUAGGUAACUGUUUAUUCAAAUCAGAUGUGCCAUCUGUAGGUCAAGAACGCGACAUUUUUUAUAUAUCCUUUCUAGUCGUUACAACUUUGCCUUAUUCCCUUUACCAUUUCAUAUACAUUCUAGCUCGUUUAGAGCCUAUUCACGUAAAAUGAAACACUAAACAAGUCAAAAUACAUAAUAAACUGCCAGUCUCAUGAUG